UCGGUUGGUCGGUUAAAAACAACUAAUUUAGCUGAUCCUGUGGGGAAGAAGUAAUGGUACUGCCAGGCUCUAAGGAGUCUCAAAAUUAUGAUAGCAACAACCAGAAGGUUCAUCCUCAACCAAUUGACGAAAACAUGAAUCAGAACAUGGGCUCAAUGGACACCAUGAUUGGAAGGAUAUUCAACAAUAUAUCCUCUUUAAAGUCUGCAUACAUUCAGCUGCAGGAAGCUCACACCCCAUAUGACCCAGACAAGAUCCAGGCUGCAGAUCAGCUUGUCAUAGAGGAGCUCACGAAGCUCUCAGAGCUCAAGCAUGCUUACAGAGAAAAGAAUCCUAAGCCUGUAGCGGCAACACCUCAAGAUGCACGGCUGCUUUCUGAAAUACAAGAGCAACAGAACUUGCUGAAGACAUAUGAGGUCAUGGUAAAGAAGUUCCAGUCCCAAAUCCAGACUAGAGAUACUGAGAUAACACAUUUACAGCAGCAAAUCGAUGAGGCUAAACUUCGGAAAUCAAAGCUUGAGAAGAAACUGAAACAAAGGGGCUUACUCAACAAGGAAUCUGAGGAAUCUGAUGAUGAAGACAACUACUUUUCCAUCGAGUUGACACCAAGUUUAUUUACAUCUGCUGUUGAUAAUGCAUACCAAUCUAUACAUGAUUUUUCAAAGCCUUUGAUCAACAUGAUGAAAGCUGCAGGGUGGGAUCUUGAUGCUGCUGCUAAUGCAAUUGAACCUGCUGUGGUUUACACAAGGAGGGCUCACAAAAAGUAUGCUUUCGAGUCAUAUAUUUGCCAAAGAAUGUUUGGUGGUUUCCAAGAAGAGAGCUUUUCUGUUAAGGCUGCUAACAUUACUGUUUCCAAUGAGGCUUUCUUCCAUCAGUUCCUUGCAGUACGAGCCAUGGAUCCUUUGGAUGUCUUGAGCCAAAAUCCUGAUUCGGUUUUUGGGAAGUUUUGCAGAAGCAAGUACCUAUUACUUGUGCACCCAAAAAUGGAAGGCUCUUUCUUUGGUAACAUGGAUCAGAGAAACUAUGUAAUGAGCGGUGGCCAUCCGAGGACACCUUUCUAUCAAGCAUUUCUGAAGUUAGCGAAGUCGAUAUGGUUACUGCACAGGCUGGCAUACUCCUUUGAUCCAAAAGUCAAGGUCUUUCAAGUGAAGAAGGGGAGUGACUUCUCCGAAAUUCACAUGGAAAGUGUUGUCAAGAACAUCAUCCUAGAUGAAGGUGCAGAGAGGCCUAAAGUUGGCCUAAUGGUGAUGCCUGGGUUCUUGAUUGGGACUAGUGUCAUACAAUCUCGGGUGUAUCUUUCAGGUGUCAAGUCUGCUGAUUGAAGCUGAUGCAGUUACUCGAGAAGAUCAAGGCUACUUUGCAUCUUGCCUGAUCAACCAAUCACAUUAGUACAAGGACGAUUAAGGGUCUUGUGUGUGAUGCUGCUGUCAUCUCUGAAAGAUGCUAUAGUCAGAGUGUCGGUGAAAAAUAUUGUCUUUUUAAAAUUUCGAGUGCCAUGCUGUUUGUAUGUUUCUUCAGAUAGAUUUCUUCUGUAAUGUAACUGUCAAAUGUUUGUCUAUAUAUAUGUUUAUGUGUGUUUUGACUGGCAUCCUAGGCGUGUAAACUUCCUAUGAUGCUCCUUUGCAUAAUUUGUAAUUCACGGCUAUUCACCAGAAUGUAGUAUGCUCUGGAAA